UUACCAAAUUGUGGACCAUCAUGGAGCGAAGAAGAGCCUUAACUAUUCCAUUUAAUGUCGACAAGGAUAACCGGCUGGUGGUGAUCUGGGAUGGAUUAAUGGCUCUACUCUCACACAGACCUGCUCAUGUGAUUGCUAUAUUGCUAAAUUCAGUUGAUCAGUGAACCCACUUCCCUGCUGUUAAAAGAAAUGUAUCUCAGUAAGUGUUAGACAUUUUUUUGCUGAUAAUCGUUAAGCAUAGUCAAAGCUGCUACUACGCUACAGCUACCAUAAUUAGCUGCUACCAGUGCUGCAACAAAAUAUUAUUUUCAUUAUGGACUUUUGCAGUUUCUCAGUUCACCAUGCGGCCUAUAAAAUGUCAGAAAAUGUAACACAGGUCCAAAUUCUGUUCUUUAAAUUGCUUGUUUUGUGUGACCACGGAAAAAGGAUCCAUUACCCAAGACAGAUAAUGAUCAAAUCCUUACAAGUGAGCAUAAACCAACCUCCCGGUUAAAAUGCAGCACAGACUUGUCAUUACAGCAGCAGAUUUGCUCCGUCCCACACUCGAACAUUUUUUUUCUAAAAAAGAAAUGUGUCGUGUUGAGUCCACAAGUGCUGUUUAUAGGCCUUGUUUUUGACUUUACACACAUGCUUCAGUCUGCGCUUAGCUUCUCCUCUCGUCAUCCCUCUGUGUGUGUGCGAGUGUAGACGUACCUCAGAGUCACGUUCAGAGGCUUCAGCUCUGCCCCCCCCCCCCGUGGGUUACGCUCCGACAUAAGCAACUCCGACGAGGCUUAGCUCGUCUCCAUGACAAAAAAACAAAACAACUAUACAAAUACCAAAAUCUACCCAACGAACAAAUAACAGUCAAAUAUUUUGGUCCAGCCUUAGUCACGAUCUUCGCUUAUUUGCACUUGCUGUAUUUUGCACACAUACUUUUGGGCUGUUGCUUGGUAACUAACCACACUGUGAAUUUUAGGUGGAAAACCCGCUCAAAAUCUCCAUGCCAUGUCUUUCAUCACAGUGUGGAAAGUUAGAAAGACAGGUUUCCUGGACUGCAUUUGCAGGUUGCAAACGCAGACAUCGUAGUUCACAGCGUAUGAAUGGAUCCAUGCAGUUUGAUCACAACUUUGCAAAAUUUGAAAUGGCCAGGAAGAAGCCUUGUCUGAUCUUGACCAAUGUCCUAGAGACAGAACCCGGCAAGGAGUACAUGGAAAGGAUAAAACAGAGUCGUGCUUUUGGGAGUCGAGGGUCAAGUACACGGAGGGAGAGUGGUCGCUCCAGAGAGGAGCCCCUGAUCUGCAGAGACAUGAGGUUUAGACAGAGGGAGGCCAGGAAUGAUGAGAACAAGAGUGUAACCCCUAAAUGCAACCAGAAGACCACCUCUUCGCCCGCUCAUAGGUCAAGACUCAGGGGAAGAUCACAAAACGUUGAUGGUGACGUGGAAAUGGAAGAUAUUGAAGAGGUGAUAAUAGGAAAGGACAACGGAGACGACUUCGCUGAAGUUGUAGAUUGUGGGUUGUCAGUUAGCUGGGGGCCUGCCGUGGAUACAGGAAGUUGUGAUGAGUUCCCCCCAGCUAGCAUCAAGGACCGGUUGACUGAUCCAGAAAAAGAAGUGCAGCACAGUCUGAAGAGGAAAAAAACGGAUGAAGAGUCCCAGUGCAAUGGGACAGGCAGCCCCAAACGCCACCGCGAGAGUGUGCUUCGCCUCAGCGGAGAAGACAGAAGAGAUGGAGGACGGGCACCGACACGCGCUUGUCUGGAGGAAAGUGGGGAAGACGGAGAUUUGGAGAGCCUGGACCGUACCAUUGUACAGUUCACGGUGGGAGCGGAUGAUCAAACAGAAGUUCUGCUCCCAACCAUCUGUCCUAAUUCGGAGGCCAGAGACUCUAUUAGUACCCCCAGAAGAAGUCUAUCGUCUCGCCAGGACAACACAACUAUAACCUCUGAACCCAUUGUGCUGUCCAGCGAUGAUGAGGAGAGUGGUGACGCAGCAUCCAGCACACUGGUCACUGUAGAAGACGGAGUAAUACAGGAAGCUGUGGCCAAACAGCAAGACGCUUCAGAUAUAGAGCACAUGCAGGUGUUGCGUGUAGUUGUAGAUCUUCCUGGUUCAUUGGAAGUCUCUUCGAUCCCCAGUAUAGACUACUCCUUCUCCACGCUGCACUGUGGAGGAUACCAAGGGAAAGCCAAUGGAGACAUCAUGAUAGCAGACCAACAAAUCAUAAUUCCACUGACAGACGCCGAUGAACAGGUGGAGGUGGUAUUAACCCUGGAUCGUAAAGACCUGAGGAGGUACAGCGUGUGGGAACAGCAGGAGCUGGAGGAGCGGGAGCUUCACUUUAAGGAUGGCGAGGAGCCUCUCCCCGUUGCCGUCCUUCUGUUUUGUGUGUCACAAAGCGCUGCAGCUGCUACACAGCGAGAGCUCCUGAAGCUGUGUGUCAAAGAAGACGGAAACACGAGCUCUGACAAGGUGAGCCCCUUCAUUCUGCUGACGCUGAGCUAUGCUGUGGUGGGAAUGGAGGGGGCGUUAUUACGCUCCCUCCUGGACAUCGACUGUCUCAACAGUCUGACACAGGAACAGUUCAUCCACAAUGCAGACCAGAUCAGUUGUUUGGAGGACUUCCGCUCUCCUGUUCUUUCUCUGGAUGAUAGCGUUGAGCUGAUCAGAAGAACUGGACUGGACUCUCAUCUGUUGUCUCUGCUCGGCCUGGAGACCACUGACUCUAGUCUAGACCCGGACCAGGAUGGUCCACCUAGCGAUACGGACGAUGACGCCACACCUCACAUCCUGCUGGAGGUUGAGUCGCAGAAGGAGAACGUGCUGGAGCUGGAGACGGAGACGGAACAAGAGACAGAGACGGAACAAGACACGGGGACGCAACUCAAACCUGAGGAGGAUCAGAAAGAGCAGGAGCUCCAUCGGCCUGAGGAAAAGAAGAAGGAGCCCACUCCUGUGUACACGCUGUGCCAUCGUAGAACCAAAGGAUCCUACCUCGUGUCCAUGUGUAAACCACACUCAAGCAUGACUAAAUUUAAACAUCAGGGCCUGGCUCGCAGGUUGAUCCAGUUCCCCCCCCCUCCACUGAAAGGAGGAAUAACCGUCACAAUGGAGGACCUGCGCUGCCUUGACACCGGGCACUUCCUAAAUGACGUUAUCAUUGACUUUUACCUCAAAUACGUCCUGCAGAAUGCCUCUGCCGCUGUGGCCGAGCGCUCCCACAUCUUCAGCAGCUUCUUUUACAAGCAGCUGACACGGAGGGACAACGCCAGUGAAGGCGUCACCACCGACUCCUGUCAGAGGCAGAGGCGACACCAACGGGUGAAGACAUGGACACGCCAUGUUGACAUCUUCAAAAAGGACUUCCUGUUUGUCCCUGUCAAUCAGGAGGCUCAUUGGUAUUUAGUUGUCAUCUGCUUUCCUGGACUGGACGAGCCAAAGUCUGAGACCUGGAGUGGUCCAAACGGCGAGUUGCCGGAACAAGAGGCUCAGGGGUCUGAAAGCCCAAAGGACGAGGCAGAGACACCGCCCACAUUAAACCACAGUGACGGCUUGGACACAGAGACGGAAAAGCCUCAAGAAGAUUCCACUAAAGACCCUUCGCCUGGUCCAGUGAACUGCACAGAAAAGACCUUCCAGAAGAAAACUGUUAGCAAGAGGCCGUGUAUUCUUAUCAUGGAUUCCCUCAAACUUUCUCUCCACGAGCGAGUCUUCAAACUCUUACGGGAGUACUUACAGUCGGAAUGGGAGGUCCGUCGUGGUUCAUCGACGGACUUUAGCGCUGAUCAGAUGCAAAGCUCGCACUGCAAAGUUCCCCUUCAAGACAACAGCAGCGACUGCGGCCUCUACCUGCUGCAAUACGUCGAGAGUUUUCUGAAGGACCCUGUGGUGCACUUUGACCUCCCUCUACACCUACAACAAUGGUUUCCACGGCAGCAGGUGCGGAGGAAAAGAGACGAAAUCCGAGAUCUGGUACUUAACCUCAGCCGAGAUCAGAACCUUGGUACGAAGGGAUAAGAGGGAUGAAGCAGCUCUUCUGUUCAGUGCGUCCCAUUCCUGUAGCCAUUAUAAAGCACCGCUCAUAGUGAGCGGCGGACUUCUCAGCGUGAACUAAAAGGAUUUCCUUUGCAUUAGAUGCUGUUAUUGUUAUUCCACAUUAACUCGAACCACACCUCUGUAAACCUCUGACUGUCUCUGGAUCCUGUGAGUGAACAUGAAGAUAAACAAGUAGCUGUUUUUAUAAUAGAUUACGUCUAGACAUGAAAUUGUUUCUGCACGCCAUGACGUUUUACGGAUUGUUUUUAUGCUGCAAGAUUUUUUUUUUUAUAAAAACAAUGAUUUGUAUUUAUUUUGUAUGUAGAAAGAGUGUAAACGUGUAACAACGGUAACGCCUAGAUUUGACAUGUUCUGCUUUCUUUGCUGACAUUUGUUGGGCAUUUGAAGUCAUGUGACUUCAUGUUUAUCUGUCAUGGGUUUUCUAAUCAAACCUGUUCUGGUCCUGCAUUCUUUGCAUAGGUACACCUUCACUGGAUGAACACAGGCGCAGUAUAACAUACAUUUGCCAUGUGGCCGACCCAAAUUUCAUUAUAAGAUAACUUGAAGCCUUUGGGAACUGGAAUCCCGUCAUUAAAUUUCAGUUCUAUCUUUUGUCUCUUUUGAAAAUAUGCUAAAAAAGGGAAAAACGUUCAGUCACUCAGUGCCUCCUUCAGUUCUCCUGAGAGCCUCCCAGUGCUAGAUCAGAAACAUGACAGUCUCUACAGGUGGAAACCAACUAUCAUCAAAUUGAUCGACCACAAACUCUAAAAUCAUGUUGGGACACAGCGAUGGUUCCUAAUAGAUCGACUUUACCUGCAUAAAUUGGCUGAAUUAGACCAAAUUGGGAUGUAAGACUAUCAAUACAGGCUACUGUUGUUAGUUUGCAUAUAACAUUCUAUAUCAUAGUUCUGAUAGUCAGACAUUUUAAUUAUUUUAUUGAAAUACAACUUUCAUAAAGUUCAGGGGUGUACAUACAUUAUUAGCAUGUGUGAUCUUAUGCUAUCAAACGUAAAAGCUACUACAUUCAGACCUAAGAGACAUUGCUGUCCGUCACUACUGUUGCCUAAAUUCUUCUCAGCAGAGAGUCUUGUGUAGUGUUUUCCCUUUUUGUUCAGAUGUUUGUAUCUCUUUUAACCCUUAAUGUUUUCUAGGCGUUGUGUUCGAUGAAUGUACAGAAGCUGAUUCCAAAACUUCUUUGGUUUCAAUGAUAUUAUUAAAACUUGUAGACCAAA